AUUGUUACAGAAAGAGAAAGAGAGAGAAAGCGUGUGUGUGUGUGUGUGUGUUUCUGAUUUCUUCGUCAAUCCAUUGGUGAAAAACUCGAUUUCCCUCCAAACAUGCCCUCAAAUUCGUAGCCAAAUCCGCAACAGUGCAGAAAAUGGCGGCGUCUUCCACUGGUUUUGUAUCUAAAGCAAGGACCGCCUUCCAUUCCGCCGCUGCAAAAGCUGAGAAAGUCUUCACAGACAUUAAAAAAUCCGAUUCUUCCACCGAUCUAGAAGAGUCCGCUAAACAAUCCUCGGUUUCUGACAAAAACGAUUCUCCUAGCGAUGUGAUCGUUACAAAGGAAAAGAAUGCAAAGUGGAGGCCUGAGCCAAUUAAGACAAAGCAAGAUUGGCAGGAGAGAUUAAAGAACAUAAGGUUUGGAAAAAAAGGAGUUCAAGAAGCUGAUAAGACUGAUGAUACGACAAUGUCUUUUCCAAUAUUUGAUGAAAAUAUGUUCCUACCAAGUGGGAGUCCUAUGCCUAAGGAACCAGAUUGCGGUUUAUUUGGUUCAGACGAGUCUAAUAUUGAUAUCAUACCUUCAGCUGCUGUGCUUAGGCAAUUGGCUAUUGGCGUUGAUUCCACCAGAAUGGUGAGGUCGAUGAAAGAUCUUCUCAUGUCAUCAAGAGAUUCUUCACCUGUUAGGGAGAAAGCUGGUUUGAACUUCUCCGUGAUGAAGUCGUUAGUACUGAGGGAUAAAGAAGAUAAGAUUGAUGUGGAGUUUGGUUCACUGCUUGGUGCAGAAGGACAUCGUUCUGGUAGGAAAACUAGCCGUAUGUUGGAGACAAAUGCAACAAUUACAUCUUUGCCCAAGGACCUUCAUGCUGCUCCUCCUGACAGCUUUGUUGUAGAGCUUGCUGAAGCAAUUGGAUGUUUGAAAACUCUGAGGAAAAUGGCAUCAUUUUGGUCCAGGGUUGUUGCAGAAUUGAGAAGACUAUGGUGUGAAGGACAACAUAUUCCUGGCAUCCCUGCUGAUGAAAUUCCAGAUUUAAAUUGCUGCCUGUUGUAUCAGCAGUUGCAGGUUAUCAAUUGCUGUAUUUCUAGGAAACACCGCCGUGCUGUUGCCACGGAAUCACUAGAUUCUGUCCUAAAACAAGCCAGUAUUAAUGGAGAAACUGCUUCAGAAAGCUCUCUCAUGUAUGCUAGAGUUAGCUCUGGACAGCUUGUGCUUCGAUUGGGAGCUGCCAAGCAAUGUGAGAAUUUAACACUGCUGGAAACUGGUGAACCUGUGUAUGCCCCGGUUAUGCAGGAAGAGCCUUUGCUCACAGAAGAUCUUGUCAAGGAAACAGAGGAAUUUAUACUACGUACAGGGAGUGUUGGAGCAGGGUGCUCUCAACUACUAUCAGACAUGCAGGCUUUCAAGGCUGCAAAUCCUGGGUGCAUAUUAGAAGAUUUUGUUAGAUGGCACUCACCCCCCGAUUGGAUGGAGCCAGCGACAGAUGAUGAAAGCAAAGAAUCUGUUGAUGGUGAUAAUUCGUCUUCUAGAGGACGCUUAAGUAUGCGUAUGCAGAAAGAAGGUAAUUUGUGGAGAGAGAUCUGGGAAACUGCAAAACCGGUACCAGCUGUUAAACAGUCUCCAUUAUAUGAUGAAGAUUUGUCUGUGGAAGGCAUUCUGCAUGGCUUAGAAGAUUUCUUGCCUUCUAGUUUCUUUGAACAACUAUACAUUUCUCUUCUAUGUUCAGGAUUUGCGGUUGCUGAGAUCAGAACAUCAACGAACGAAUAUUUGUACAAGAUGUUCCUUGAGUGCAAAGACUACAUUGUUGCCACUUGUCAAGGCAAAAGUUGGUUUGAGAAAGUCAAUGAUAUAUGUCAGGUGUACGAGACGGUGGCGAUGAUGGUUUUGAACCCCGAUGAGUUCAUAAGGCUCACAAAACAGCAACAGCCCGAUGAAGGUUCCACAGGCGGUGAACAAAAAGGUCGAUUUAGGAGACUAAGCUUCGUCUUCGGUAAAACACCACCAAAAGACCCAAAGAAUCACGUAGACGAGAACCCAUUACGCCAAUCCUUCUCAUCGAUGUUUUCAAAGAAACCACCGAAGGCCGGGAGUGCAUCCUCGGCUGAGAAAUCAGUCCAGAACGAUUGGAUAGAUGUAUAAUCAUUCUUCUUCUUCUUCACCUUUAGAUUUAAUUGUAAAUUUUCU